GGAGUCCAAUCAAAUAGGGAAUAAAGAGGCGCUGUAUGGCAUCCAUCAGCGACCAUUCACACCACGGACAGUGCAUUACCGGAGCGAAGUACUUUUGCCUAUUCGCAGACACCUCUUCACAGACCACAGCAAGGUUACUGCAGCCAGAACCAUACUUUUUUUAGCAUGGAAUGAAACUGCGUUUUACGUGUUACGGAGAAAAUUCCAUUUAAAGCGCCGCUGAAAAACAAGGACAAACAUCGAAGCUUCAGCAGCCAGGAGCAUUGACAGACUUCCCAGUUGUGAUGUGCAUCACCAUUGUUCACCAGGGACUGUGCAAGGUGAGCUCCAGUUCCCUCUGAGAGAAAGCGCGCCCUCUGGAGAUGUCUCGACACCAUAACCGGUUUGAGCGGGAUUUCCGCAGCGCGUGGGAACGGAGAGAACGCGGGGCCAACACCACCUGCAGCACCAGCGGCACCUGCACAGCCAGGCCUGGGCUCCUCCCCCUGCCUGUCAUCCCCUCCCUGCUGCCCACGCCCGUCUCUGUCGCCACAGCGACCACCUCCAGCAAUGACCUCGCCUGCAAGCGCGUGAACUCCACCUCCACAACCUCCAGCUCUAAGAUCUCUGGGCUGUUGCCGGGUAACAGUCAGAGCCAGGGGCAGAUCCUGGCACCUGCGAUCCGAUGGGGUCAAACACCUAUCAAUCAGUCCACGCCCUGGGAGACGGACGAGCCGCCUGCCAAGCAGAUUCGUGAGAAUGACAGUACAGGUGCCCUGUGGACGCCUCCAGUAGCGGCGGGCAGCCAAGCAGGUCUCCUGGCUCAUUCCUACAGUGUGGCCCCACCCCCAGCCUACACCCCCGGAGUGACCGUCCAGUCCCCGGUCAUCGGAGUGACCCCUGCCAUCCCGACCCCUGUGCCCCCACAUCACCCGCUUAUGACCGCCCACUUCCAGCUCCCUCCGCCACCCUCCCAGCCCCUGGCCAGCGUGGUGAUGAACCUGCAGAGCCAGCCCCCGCUCGCUGUGCCCCCCAUGACCGCUGUCUGUCAGGUGACGCAUCCCGUGGUGGGAAAUGGUCACAUGACUCACCCUGCGAUGCAGACGCCUGUCGCCGCCCCGCCCAGCAACACCCCUCUGACCAAUGGGCAAACGGUUCCCCAGCCCCCGCAUGUCCCUCCAGCCAAUCAUGAGAGCACAAACGGGCUGCAGAUGCUGCGGACAGUGGGGAUGGGGAAAUAUGAGUUCACGGACCCCUGGCAUCCGAAAGAGAUGUUGAAGGAAUUGAACCAGCAACGCAGAGCGAAAGAGUUUACAGACCUGAAAAUUAUUGUUGAAGGCAAAGAGUUUGAAGUCCACCAAAAUGUUCUAGCUUCCUGCAGCUUGUAUUUCAAGGACCUGGUCAAAAGGUCGUCUGGGGAGAGGCGGGCGGGAGAGAAGCUUCAGCUCUCCAUGACAAACAUCAGAGCGGACGUCCUGGAGCUGCUGCUGGAGUUUGUCUACACAGGCUCGCUCAUCAUCGACUCAGCCAACGCCAAGACGCUCCUGGAGGCCGCCAACAAGUUCCAGUUCAAUACCUUCUGCAAAGUCUGUGUGUCUUUCCUAGAGAAACAGCUGACAGCCAGUAACUGCCUGGGGGUGCUGGCCAUGGCAGAGGCUAUGCAGUGUACAGAGCUCCACAGCAUGGCCAAAGCCUUCGCCCUGCAGAACUUCCCUGAGGUGGCCAGCCAGGACGAGAUCCUCAGCAUCUCCAAGGACGACUUCAUCAGCUACCUGUCCAACGACAGCCUCAACACCAAGGCCGAGGAGCUGGUGUACGAGACCGUCAUCAAGUGGAUCAAGAAAGAUCCUGUCUGCAGAGGCCAGCACGUGUCGGAGCUGUUGGCCGUGGUUCGGCUGCCCUUCAUCCACCCCAGUUACCUGCUGAACGUGGUGGAUAACGAGGAGCUGAUCAAGUCUUCAGAGGCCUGCAGGGACCUGGUCAACGAGGCCAAGCGUUACCACAUGCUGCCACACGCGCGACAGGAGAUGCAGACGCCUCGAACCCGGCCCAGGCUGUCUGCAGGUGUGGCAGAAGUGAUCGUGCUGGUGGGGGGUCGUCAGGUCAUCGGGAUGAACCAGCGCUCCUUGACUGCUGUCACUUGCUUCAACCCCCAGAACCACAAGUGGUACCCCCUGGCCAGCCUGCCUUUCUACGACCGCGAGUUCUUCAGCGUGGUUUCAGCCGGGGAUAAUAUCUAUCUGUCAGGUGGCAUGGAAUCAGGUGUCAUGCUGUCAGAUGUGUGGUGCUACAUGUCCCUGUUGGAUAACUGGAACCUGGUGUCACGCAUGACAGUCCCACGAUGUCGCCAUAACAGCGUGGUGUACGAUGGAAAACUCUACGCCAUCGCCGGCCUGGGGAUGGCAGGGAGUCUGGACCACGUGGAGAGGUAUGACACCAUUACGAACCAGUGGGAGACGGUCUCUCCGCUUCCGAAACCGGUACACUCUGCAGCAGCCACGGUGUGCGGGGGGAAGAUCUACGUGUUCGGAGGGGUGAACGAGGCUGGGCGCUCAGCUGGUGUCCUGCAGUCCUUUGAACCUCAGUCAAACACCUGGAGCUUUAUCGAAUCGCCCAUGAUUGAUAACAAGUACGCUCCUGCUGUCACCCUCAAUGGCUUGAUUUUCAUCCUGGGCGGAGCCUACGCCCGUGCCACCACCAUCUACGACCCAGAGAGGGGCAACAUCAAAGCCGGGCCCAACAUGAACCACUCCCGGCAGUUCUGCAGUGCUGCUAUCCUGGAUGGGAAGAUCUAUGCCACGGGUGGGGUAGUGAGCAGCGAGGGACCUGCCCUGGGGAACAUGGAGACCUUUGACCCCGCCACUAACGCAUGGACGUUGCUGCAGAGCAUGCCCUGCCCGCUCUUCAGACACGGCUGCGUCACCAUCAAGAAGUACAUCCAGAGCGGCUGAGUCUAUGCCAUCACACUGCCCCCUCCGCCCCCCAUCCAGAGUGACUGAGU